AUGACGACGAUCGAGGCGGACGCGGAGGCGAAUGCGAUGCGUUGGCGCGCGCGCGCGCGCGCGAUGCGGGCGCACGCGGCGGCGGCGAGGGAGAGACUACGCGCGAGUUGUCAUCAGCUUGGUCAUCAACAAAACGCGAGAGAAAACGAUCGCGCGACGCGCGCUUGGGCGUUAAACGACGUCGCCGCGACGGCGAGGACGAUUAUUAAUGAUGCGUCGACGCGCGAGCGACGAAGCGCGGUGGAGGCGGAGCUGACGCGGGCGAGAGAACGUUUGGAAGCGGCAGAGCGCGCGCGCGAGCGGGACGAAACGAACGCGGACGCGACGACACCGACGCCGACGAAGCGCGCAUCGCCGAGGAAAGAGAUUUUGGAGACGAGAUCGCCCGAUUGGGAGGUGUCGUGUGAACUGUCGCCGCUCACGGCUGAGGAGAUGACGCCGCCGCGUGCGGACGCGGAGUUAGACGAAGACGAAGCCGCGAGCGAGAAGCACGAUGAAAAUGAUGCUCCGGUGGAUCCGAACGCGCGACCGCCGAGACCGCCGAGUCGCGGUGGAUUAGAAAUGUUAGCUGCGGAUGAUUCCUGGAUCCAGGCGUUCGAACGUGCGGAAAUGAUGCGCUCGGCGCUUCCGUUACACGUGCGUCCCGGGAAGGGAUUUGUGUGCCCCUUCACGGGCGACAUUGUUGAGCAAGCACCGAGCACGGAAGCUUGA